GCCGCCGACCAGAGUUCCAAUUGCAGGUGCCGCCAGUUCAAGCAGUGGCAUGGAUGCCGCACCCGUUGUUGAGCCGAGCUUGGUCCGUCUAGCCUAGAAAGUUUUACACGCGAUGAUGAUGCGAUUCCCCGACAAGCCAAUCGAGGACGAGUCGCCGAUGACAAAGACGUUCAUCCCGCUUUUUGCGCCGUUAUAUCCCUGGGCUGAACGUGCAGCGCAUUUCCAUAUCCUGGUUGCCAAAUAUCCGCCGCAGUCGAGAUCGCGAAAUGCUGCUCAUGGAUGGGCUUGCUUCGUCCAUAACCUAGGUUAACGAGAGGCUGCUAGCUCCCCCGAACUUGAGAUGCGACGACGGU